AUGGCGGCUGUCAAUCGGACCUUAGAAGAUGUGGAUGAGCUGCAGAUACUCGCCCACUACGAGGACGAUGCUGCUGGGCUGCGCUACCACCAUCGUGUCUUGUUCACAAAGGUGGCCGCAGGUCGCUGGAUCAUAGGGACCCCCGACGGUGACGUCUAUGAGGAGGACUUCAAUGGGGUUGAGGUGCGACCGCUGGCACGGAAUGGAGCUUUCCCAGUGGACCUAGCAGGCAUGAUGUACGUGUUUCGAGGCCCACAGCGGGCCGCUGCUCGGAUCGCCACCAUGCGAGAGCAGGCGCGAGGAAUCGCGGAGGUGCUGGGCGUGGCUCCUGCACCGGGCGCUGGCGGGGUUGCAGGCUCUAGUUGGCGUGUGGCAGAUCCUUCAUCGGCUGAGUUCGAUCAGGUCAUCACUGCUGCCGAGCUCGCCGACUCGACCGAGGAUCGCGACGACGGUAUCAAGGUUCAGCGGUUGGCACUCAUCAGCGGCGUCACCCAGCUGGUCGAGUUAGUGAAGGACACAGACCACGACGCCUGGUUCGCUCGGAAGCGGCCUGGGCUGCCUGGAGGAGCUUCAGGAGAUCUGCGGCUGCUCGGCAAUUUUUUUAACUCUGCGCAGAGACGAGUGCUGCCGCCGGCGAAGGCGAUUGAGCUUGUGACGCCUAAGACGUUCGCUGACUGGCCUCAUCCUGGGCCGAAGGCGACCCAGGAGUUCCUCGAGUCGGUGCUCGAGAACGGCGGGGACUUGCAGGUGUGGCUCAACGCUUUCAUGCGCAAGUCUGGGGUCAGCGAGAACUCUUCGGUGGCGCAUGAGCUCUGGAACCUGGUCCAGAUUGUGAGGCUCGGGAUCAGCUACGACCAGAUCGAUCCGACCAACCUGGCUUGCAUCGAGCAGGCCGUGCGCAGGAUUCACGAGAUUCAGCAGGCCAUCCGUCGGAACCCGAAGCACCCGGACUUCACGGGCCUCGACAUCGGCACUACCGGGUCUUGCGACGAGAUCGGCGGAGCCCGCCUGCACAGUUUCGAUUCCUGGCUCAGCAGCAAGCAGAAGGAGGAGGCCAAGACGAUGGAGGCCCAGAGGAAGUGGCGCGAGGAGCUGGCAAACGACCUGCACUGCGUCGGCGAGAAGAACUUCGCCCCGUACCAGCCCGAUCUUCUGAAGAUCGUGAAGGGCAAGACGGUGCCAAAGCCCGCCGUCGACUUGCUGCCGCCUGAGGAGGCGGCGUUCUUGAUCGAUCCUGAUAGGUACCUCGUCCGCUCGCAGCCUGAGAUCGAUGCAUGGAAUGAGGAGCGCCCGACCUUCAGGCCCUACUGGGGCCCCCACUUGCGACAAGAUCGGGCUGCACGGCUCGACCUCUAUCGCAAACUCUAUAGCAAGGGACUCUUAGGGUUCCGAACUCGUAUCAAAGCGCAGGUGGGGAUAUUCUUCGUGUGGAAGUCGUCUCGCCGCGGGAUCAGGCUUAUCGUGGACGCCAGAAUGCCGAACGGCCACCACCGCUUGCCGCCGAAGACUAGACUGGGUGGUGCCAGCGCCCUCGCACAGCUCGACGGCUGGCUUGACCAGGAUGAGCUUGCUAGCUUGGCGCAGGGAUGUGGCCCGAUCGCCGAGAUCCCGAACCUCUCCGUCUGCGUAGGCGACGUGGAGGACGCCUUCUACCAGUUCUCCGUUGAGUCGAUGGCUGAGUGGUUCGGCCUAGACGACCCCGUCCGGUGCUCCGAGUUCGGCCUCUCGCAGAUCUUCGACAACGAUCUUGGGGGGCUUCGCCCCGCCCGUCCCACGGAGAAAGUGUUCCCCGUUUUUCUCUGGAUGCCGCAAGGGUGGUCUUGGGCCCUGCACUUCUGUACCACCUCGGUGAAACACUUCACCUCCGCUGCAAUCGGGGGAAAACACCGGCUGGUGCAAGAGGGGCUCCCUGCUCCUGAUCUUCGAUCUGGUCCUGUCUCAAGCGUCUACCUGGAUAAACUUGCCACGGUGGGCCUCUCGAGCUCCGAGGUUGCGUCGGACUACGCGGCGAUCAAGAGGGAGCUUGAGAGCGCAGGUUUCACGUUGCAUGAAGAGGGCGGUGACGCUAUGCUGGUGGAGAAUGUGGGUAUUGUGAUAGACAAGAGCAGGUGCAGCAUUCGUCACAAGUCCGAGAGGGCUUGGCGGUUGUAUCUUGGAAUAAAGUAUGUUUUGAAGUUGCGUCGGGUGACUGGAGAGGCAGUUCGAGUACUGCUGGGUCAUUGCAUCCACUAUCUUGUCCUCCUGAGGCCGGCGAUGUCUGUCUUUGCUCACGCCUAUCGCUUUGUGAACAGCAGCCUCGGACGUACAUGUGAGCUACCUGGUCAGGUGAAGCGUGAGUUCCGCCUGAUGGCGGGGCUCGUUUUCUUGGCAGAGGCGCGGCUGUCUGUUCCACCAUCGGAUCGAGCCUACUGUGGAGACGCGUCAGGGAAGGGAUACGCCGUCAUGGACACCCCCAUGGGCCCCGUGGAGUUCCGUAAGCUUACGAGGUGGAAGGAGCGUUGGAGGUUCGUGGAGGUGGAGGGGGAUCGCGGGGACAUCUUGAAGGCCUCUGGAAACCUGCCGCCCCCGAACCCUGGCUGGUCUGCUGAUCUCGAGGUGCCUGACACGUCGUAUUCGCGGUGGCUUCUGGAGUCUGCUGGGAUACCCACCCCGUCCUCAGGUGUCCUGGAGUCGGGGGGCUUCCGUUCGGGAGUCUGUAAACUACGGGGUAAAGAACGUAGACAGCUAGAGCAGAAGGAGAUAGUUGGCAUGGUCCCGAUCCCCCCCGAGAGCGUUGUCGAUCCUGGUCGUUGGCGUACUCUAGCCGAGGGGAGGUGGAAAAGGGACGAGGCCAUCCAUAUGAAGGAGGGGAGGGUGAUUCUGAUGGCGCUCCGCAGAGAGUCCUACACUCGUUCAGGUCAUGGACGUCGGCUCCUCGUGCUGUCUGACAAGCUCUCGUCUCUGUGCUGUCUCGAGAAGGGCCGAGCCAAAGACUUCGGCCUGCUUGCCCUAGCCCGCAGGUGUGCCGCCUACUCGAUUGGACGUGGCAUCGACCUGAGGAGUUUCACUGGAUCUGAAAAAGAGCGCCUCUGGGUCUGCAUCGUCCUGGCAGUCAGGCAGGGACGUGAGUGCUCAACAGUCUUCGUCUCGUUCGCCGUCCUUACCAUGCUCUACGAGACGCUUCGCGCCAGCCUUCCUGGAGCUCUAGUCGGGAUGCGGGGCUCUGAC